AGAAAGUGCGCACUAACCAAUGCAGCAGGCAGCCCAAGCAGUCCCAAGUGGGUUUCAUGCUCCCAAUUUUUGGGCUUAUAUUUGAUGAGCCUAAAAAGUUUGGGCCCAAAAGAGUCACCGUUUAGUCUGCGCUAUUGUAUUUUGUGUCGAAACAUCAAACCGAAAAUCUGAAGAAACCGAGAGAACUGCAGUUGGUCUCCGUGUCCCCAAUUUCAUGGAUGAAAUCCAGAUGGGUCUUUCAGUUUCAGAACCUCAACUCUCACUACUUGUCCUCUUGGGCUUCGUCUCUAAUCUCUCCUUUCAAAGCCAAGGUUCACCAAAACCCCUCUGCAGAAACAGCCUCAAGAUUGAUCCUCAACCAUGUAGACAUAAGCCUGCUUCUCUCUCUUUGUGGAAAAGAGGGAAACUUUCACUUGGGUUCUUCCCUCCAUGCCUCUAUCAUUAAGAACCCUGAAUUCUUUUACCCCGAGAGUCAAGAUGAUUAUCGUAAUGUCCUUGUUGUUUGGAAUUCUCUGCUCUCAGUGUACUUGAAAUGCGGUCAAUUUUCUAAUGCAGUUAAGCUGUUUGACAAUAUGGGCAUGAAAGAUACAGUUUCGUGGAAUACAAUGAUAUCUGGGUUUUUAAGGAACGGGGAGUCUGAUGUUGGGUUUGGCUACUUUAAGCAAAUGCGUGGAUCGGAUUUUUAUCAAUCUGAUAGAGCAACUUUGACUUCGAUUUUAGCAGCUUUUGAUGGGCCUGAGUUUUGUCACUUGAAUAAGAUGAUGCAUGGUUUGGUGGUUUCGAAUGGAUUUGAGCGGGAAACUGCAGUGGGGAAUGCUUUGAUCACAUCAUAUUGUAAAUGUGGGAGUUUCGGUUCAGGAAGGCGGGUUUUCGAUGAGAUGUUUGAGAGGAACGUGAUUACAUGGACGGCAAUGAUUUCGGGGCUCGCACAAAAUGAAUUCUAUGUGGAAAGUUUGGAAUUGUUUUUGGAGAUGCGUAGUGGAGUAGUGGAUCCAAAUUCCUUGACUUAUUUGGCGUCACUCACUGCAUGUUCUGGUUUGCAGGCAAUAAGUGUAGGGCGUCAAAUUCAUGGACUUGCAUGGAAACUGGGAAUUCAAUCAGACUUGUGCAUUGAGAGUGCACUAAUGGACAUGUAUUCGAAGUGUGGCAGCUUGGAAGAUGCAUGGCGAAUAUUUGAAUCCACGGAAGAACUUGAUGAGAUUUCCAUGACUGUUAUCCUUGUGGGAUUUGCACAAAAUGGGUUUGAGAGUGAAGCGAUCCAAAUAUUUGUGAAAAUGAUGAAAGCAGGAAUUGAAAUUGACCCAAACAUGGUUUCAGCUGUUCUUGGUGUGUUUGGUGUUGAUACUUCUUUAGGUCUAGGGAAGCAACUCCACUCUUUAAUUGUCAAAAAAAGUUUUGGUCAUAACUCUUUUGUCUGCAAUGGGCUUAUAAAUAUGUACUCCAAGUGUGGAGAGUUGGGGGAUUCGGUCAAAGUGUUCAGUAGGAUGCCUCAGAGGAACUCAAUUUCGUGGAAUUCCAUGAUUGCAGCUUUUGCCCGUCAUGGAGAUGGCUCCAAAGCAUUACAAUUAUAUGAAGAGAUGAAAAUGGAUGGUGUACAACCAACAGAUGUUACAUUUUUGUCUCUACUUCAUGCUUGUAGCCAUGUUGGCUUCGUUGAAAGGGGCAUGGAAUUUUUGAACUCCAUGAAUGAGGACCCUGGGAUAAGUCCAAGACCAGAGCACUAUGCUUGUGUCGUUGACAUGUUAGGUCGUGCAGGACUUCUCACUGAGGCCAAAAAUUUCAUUGAGGGACUACCUGAGAAUCCGGGUGUACUUGUUUGGCAAGCAUUGCUUGGUGCUUGUAGCAUUCAUGGUGAUUCGGAGAUCGGUAAAUAUGCUGCAGAUCAGUUGCUUUUGGCGGCACCUGAGACCCCGGCACCAUAUGUUUUGCUAGCGAAUAUAUAUUCUUCUGAAGGAAGGUGGAAAGAGAGAGCAAGGACCAUUAAGGGGAUGAAGGAAAUGGGGGUCGCAAAAGAAACAGGUAUUAGUUGGAUUGAGAUUGAAAACAAAGUUCAGAGCUUUGUUGUUGGGGAUAGAAUGCAUCCACAAGCAGAGAUCAUUUAUGGAGUUCUGGCAGAACUGUAUAGACUUAUGACGGAUGAAGGAUAUGUACCAAAUUAGAGGUUUAUACUCUACUAUUUAGGUGAUGAUGAAAAGAGAUAGGAGCCAAUUCUUUAUUACAGACUUGCCAAAACCAUAAAGGUUGUAUUUCUGGAGGAAAAAGAAGAAGAAUGAUUUAGGUUUGUCAUUCCUGUAUUAUACAAAUUUUCUGUGUUAAUAUUAUCUGCAGAGAAGUUCAACUGUUGAACUUUUGCAUGCGGGAUUAUGAUUUCUUAUCCGGCAUAUUUUUCACCCCGGCAGGAUAAAUUUUAAAGAAGCUGGUACAAAGCUGGGUUUUCCCUUUCGUUUUGUAGACUAAACGAAAGAGAACACCAGUAGCAUAAGGUAUAAUGAAUGGUUAUCUUUUACAUUGCAACUCAGAAAGAAUUGAUUGCCAAGAUGGUCCCCUGUAGCCCUGCUGCCAUUUUAUAUUUGCAUUGUGAAGUUCGCUUUUGCUUUUUUGGGUGUAUUGAAGGGUUUCUGAUGAACAAGGGUGGUUAGUAGGUAUAUUGGCUUGGUUGGAGAACUUUAAAUCUGAAAAAAUAUGUCUGAUAUUUCUUCUUUGUGAAUAGCUGGAGAUUUGGGUUUAUCAGGUGACUCAGCAUGAGACAUUUAUUCAAAUAAUUAUGUGGCUUGCAAAAGAAGCCUCAGUUAUGGCUUUCAACAACUGCUCUGUAAACAGCGAUGAAUUAUUGUUACCAAGGGCCAAAGCUAUUGACUACCAGUUCUUAUGAUGGGGGCCCAGGGACCAAAACGUCAAACUGUCAAUGCAACAAGUCUUGUAGUUGCUCAUCCCUCCAAGACCCAAGGAUACUGUUGGCACCUUGUGCUCCAUUGGUUUUUUAUGCCAAGGCUACAAGAUUGAGUGAUCGAUGAUCAUGCAAUAAAAUUACAAGAAAUUACAUAUUGCUUUUGAGAGAAGUCACUUGAAUUGUCAAGCCAAUCAAUUUACUCAACUUUCUGCAGUUCCAUAAUGAUAAGUUCUUAGAAGCUAGAGAGAGAAAUGGCAUACAAUCUGAAGAACUGCGUCACAGCCAUGAUAGGCUGUUUUCUCUUCAUUUUACUCGUUCUGCCAUCUAGUUAUGCGUUUCUUUGUGAAGAAUCCACAGAUUGUCAUGCUCUUCUUAAAUUCAAGGAGGGUCUAAGAAGCGAUCCCAAAGGUCAUCUACAAACUUGGAACAAAGCCAAUCCCUUCUGCAACUGGACUGGUAUUACAUGCCACCCACAUCUCCAAAACCGGGUUGUAGAUCUUGAACUCAUAGACAUGGAUUUGCGAGGAGGGAUAUCACCAUUUAUAUCCAAUAUUUCUCUUCUUACCACCCUGUCUCUACAAGGCAAUAGAUUCUAUGGAAAAAUUCCAUCUUCCUUGGGAGGACUUUCAGAGCUAGCAUUUCUCAAUGUAAGUAAAAAUAACCUUGAAGGUAAUAUUCCUGGUUCAUUACAUGGUUGUCAAAGCUUGAAAGUCGUAGAUUUGAAUUACAACAAUCUAUCUGGGAUCAUUCCUAAGGAACUCAGUUGGAUGAAGAAUUUAACCUACUUAUGUCUGUCACAGAACAGACUCACUGGAGUGCUACCAUCAUCACUGUCGAACUUGACUGAAUUGACACAACUAGAACCGGCUGUCAACUAUUUUACUGGAAAGAUCCCUCCACAGCUUGGAGCCUUAAGAAAGCUAGAGAUUCUGUACCUCCAUAGGAACUUUCUGGAGGGAUCAGUACCCACAGCAAUUAGUAACUGCACUGCUUUACGUGAAAUUUCACUGACUGGGAAUCUAUUAAGUGGAGAAAUCCCUUUAGAGCUGGGUGCAAAACUCCAGAACUUGCAGAAAUUGUACAUGAUUGAUAACAAUCUUUCUGGUAAAAUUCCAGUGACCCUCUCCAAUCUCUCUCAGCUGACACUGCUUGAUCUCAGUCUCAACAAUUUAGAGGGGAAGUUCCUGCAGAGUUGGGAAUGUUAAAGAACCUUGAGGUUCUCUACUUUCGUUCCAACUACUACUUGGGUGGCAGCAGCUCUGGUAAUUCUUCCCUCAGUUUCUUAACAGCUCUCACAAACUGUUCGGUUCUAAAAAAGCUACACUUUGGUUCAUGCUCGUUCAAAGAAAAUAUACCGUCUUCUGUAGGUGGUCUUUCAAAAGACCUCUUUUACUUCAAUCUUUUGGAUAAUUACAUUAUGGGAAGUAUACCAGACAGUAUUGGAAACUUAAGCAGCCUAGUAACCUUAUACCUGUCAUACAACCUUUUGGAAGGAAAAAUUCCACCAUCAUUUGGAAAGCUUGGGAAUUUGCAGAGGUUAUACUUGGAGAGAAACAGAAUUCUUGGGCCAAUUCCAGAUGACUUAGGGAAUAUGCGUAACCUUGGAGUACUGAAUCUUGGGAAGAAUUCGGUUGGCGGGUUGAUUCCACCUUCACUUGCUAAUCUCUCACAACUGAGAUAUCUUAACCUGUCUAGAAAUCACCUAUCAGGAAAAAUUCCAGUGGAGCUUACUCAGUGUUCUCUUAUGAUGCUGCUUGAUUUAUCUUUUAACAGCUUACAAGGUUCUGUUCCUGUACAGGUUGGCCUUCUUUCAAACUUAGCACUCUCACUUAACCUUUGAAACAACCAUUUCGAAGGACAACUUCCAGCAAGCAUUGGAAAGCUGGUGUCUCUACAGGCAAUUGACUUCUCAAAGAAUAAGUUUUCUGUUGUUAUACCUAGCUUGAUAGGAAGUUGCAUUUCGCUGGUGUAUCUGAACCUGUCCAAUAACAUGAUUGAAGGAACGAUUCCAGAGUCUCUGAAAUUAAUCAGUCAUCUUGAAGUUUUGGACUUAGUCUCACAAUCGAAUAAAUGGCACCUUUCCAAUCUGGAUUGCUAAUCAACAGAUGAUCAGGACUCUCAAUUUAUCUUAUAAUAGGCUAUCAGGUGAAGUUCCAUAUACUGGAAGGUUUGUGUUUUUAAAUAGAAGCUCAUUCCUAGGGCAUGUGGGGUUGUGUGGUGGUUCUGCACUAAUUGGUCUUCCUCCAUGUGAAGUUCAAAACAUAAAACGCAGGGUAAAGAAUUGGGUAAUAUACUCAAUGGUUGCAGCAGUUGCAGUAAGCUGUGUGCUGAUUGCUUUCUUUGUUCAUCGUUUCUUCUUGAGAAAAGAGGAUUCAAAAUCAGCGCAUGUGAUGCUAAUGGAAUUCCCAGAACAUCAUGGAAGUCAAACUUUCACCCAAAGGGAACUUGAAAUUGCUACAUUUGGGUUCAAUGAGGCUUAUCUCCUUGGUAGAGGAACCUUUGGAUCAGUUUAUAAAGGAAUUAUUGAUAAUGGGAAAAUUACUGUGGCUGUUAAGGUUCUGCAUAGUGACUGCAGUCAGAGUUUCAAAAGCUUUAAAAGGGAAUGUCAAAUAUUGUCUGAAAUCAAGCACCGGAAUCUUGUUAGAAUGGUAGGAUAUCCCUGGAACAGAGGGUUUAAGGCUCUUAUCCUUGAUUAUAUUGGUAACGGAAACUUGGGGACAACAUCUUUAUCCAGGUGGACUAGAGGAAGGAGCAUGUGGAUUAACUUUGAGGGAAAGAAUGUCAAUAGCGGUAGAUAUUGCCAAUGGAUUGGAGUAUCUUCAAGAAGGCUGUCCAGUCCAAGUUUUGCACUGUGAUAUAAAACCAGAAAAUAUACUUAUUGACAAUGAUAUGGUGGCUCAUGUAGCAGAUUUUGGGAUUGGAAAGCUCAUUUCAGCUGACAAAUUGAAAGAACAUGUCAGCACAACAGGUUUCCUACUGGGAUCGAUUGGUUAUAUUCCCCCAGAAUAUGGGCAGGGAAUUGAGGUAUCAGCUAAAGGGGAUGUCUAUAGUUUUGGUGUGAUGCUGCUUGAGAUGAUAACACGAAGAAGACCGACCAGUAAUAUGUAUUAUGAUGGGCUUGAUUUAAGGAAGUGGGUGAGUGGUGCAUUUCCAGGCAAGAUUUUGGAUGUUGUUGACACCACACUAAAGCAGGAUGCAUACCUUGAAGUGACACAUGGUGCUUUAGAGGAGCUUGAGCAAUGCAGCAUUCAAAUGCUUGAUGUGGGGAUGAUGUGCAGAGAGGAUAAUCCACACAAACGACCCCCUAUGUCCUCUGUUGUGAAGAGUUUGAAAAAAUGUCUGCAAAUAAGUGGAAUUUGAAGCUCCAACUCUGACAUAUACAUUUUGUGUUUUGUUUUCACCUUUUGAGUGUGUAUUUAUACUGUUGGCAGCAUUUUACUUGAUAAAAAGCACGUACAGAAAAUUAGCUUCUCAA